CCCCCUUCGAAUGCGUGUCUCCGUCUGUCUCCCUGGGAAGUCAGAUCGAGGCUGGAGUUCCAUUGGAACCCUGCGCUGCAUUCCAUUCCAUUCAUGCUGGGCAGUGGCAGCAGCAGCCACCGAAAAGCGAGCGAGGCGCGGAGCCCUGAGUUGCAACGGGGGGGUUGUUUAAGUACGGAGUGUAAUUAUGGCAGGGACAUCCGAAGCAAGCUUCGAUGCAAGCUGGCUGAGUAGAAUGUCAGUCCCCACGAUGUCCUGAAUGUGGAGAGCGGUGGAAGAAGAGGAGACUGAUCCACUAAUCACUUUUCUCCGCUGCCUUUGGUUUGCUUCUGUUUAUUUUGCGGGGAGGUCGAUGCCCAGCCAUUGCUGGAUGUGACGCUUCCACCAUGUGGCUCCUCAGGCUCAAGUACCAUUUGUCAGUCAGCAUCUGGACUCUGCUGCUUCUGGGGAGUGCCUGGCUGCCCUUAGCAGAAGGCACCCCCAAGUCCUCCUCUCCCUUUAGGACUUUCCAGGUCACAGACUGGAGUUUGACACACUUGGUGGUCCACAAUAAAACUGGGGAGGUGUAUGUAGGUGCUAUCAACCGGAUCUAUAAGCUUGCCAACAACCUCACACUGCUGCGCACUCACGUGACGGGGCCAGUGGAUGACAAUGAGAAGUGCUACCCACCCCCCAGCGUGCAGUCGUGCCCACACGGGCUGGUCAGCACCAACAAUGUCAACAAGUUGCUGCUGGUGGAUUACUCGGGGAACCGGCUGAUAGCCUGUGGCAGUGCUUCUCAGGGCAUCUGCCAGUUCCUGCGCUUGGAUGACCUCUUCAAGUUGGGUGAGCCCCACCACCGCAAGGAGCACUACCUCUCCAGCGUGAAUGAGUCGGGGACCAUGUCGGGCGUCAUCAUUGAAGUGCAGAAUGGGCAGAACAAGCUCUUCAUUGGCACGCCCAUUGAUGGCAAGUCAGAGUAUUUCCCUACCUUGUCCAGCCGCAAGCUGAUGGACAGCGAAGAGAAUGCAGAAAUGUUUGGCUUUGUCUAUCAGGAUGAGUUUGUCUCCUCUCAGCUCAAGAUCCCGUCAGACACACUCUCCAAGUUCCCCACAUUUGAUAUCUACUACAUCUACAGUUUCAGCAGCGAGCAAUUUGUCUACUACCUGACCUUGCAGUUGGACACCCAGCUUACCUCACCUGACUCUACCGGGGAGCAGUUCUUCACCUCCAAGGUCGUCCGGCUAUGUGUGGGUGACCCCAAAUUCUACUCGUAUGUGGAAUUCCCCAUUGGUUGUGUUCGAGAUGGCAUUGAAUACCGCCUGAUUCAAGACGCUUACCUCAGCAAGCCUGGGAAGGCACUGGCCAAGCAGCUGGGCAUCUCAGAACACGAGGAUAUCCUCUUCACAAUCUUCUCUCAGGGCCAGAAGAACAGGGUCAAGCCACCAAAGGAAUCUGUCCUUUGCCUCUUCACACUGAAGAAAAUCAAAGACAAGAUCAAGGAGCGCAUCCAGUCUUGCUACCGUGGGGAAGGGAAGCUCUCUUUGCCUUGGCUUUUGAACAAGGAAUUGGGCUGCAUAAACUCACCUCUGCAAAUCGAUGACAAUUUCUGUGGACAGGAUUUUAACCAACCAUUGGGUGGGACGGUCACCAUUGAAGGUGUGCCACUGUUUGUGGACAAGGAAGAUGGCAUGACAUCGGUAGCUGCUUAUGACUACCGCGGGCACACUGUUGUUUUUGCUGGAACGAGAAGAGGCAAGAUCAAAAAGAUCCUGGUAGACCCAGCCAAUCCCAUUGGACGUUCAGCAUUGCAGUAUGAGAACGUUGUGGCCCAUGAUGGUAGCCCCAUUCUGCGGGACUUGGUGCUCAGCCCUGAUCUUCAAUACCUCUAUGCCAUGACUGAAAAGCAGGUGACUCGAGUGCCCGUGGAGAGCUGUGAGCAAUAUACAACCUGUGCAUUGUGUCUGGGCUCCAGGGACCCUCACUGUGGCUGGUGUGUUUUACACAACAUCUGCUCACGGAAGGAUAGAUGUGAACGAGCUGAGGAGCCUCAGCGCUUUGCCUCGGAUCUGCGCCAGUGUGUCCAACUCUCUGUCCAGCCUAAGAACGUAUCAGUCACAAUGUCAGAAGUCCUGCUGGUUUUACAGGCCUGGAAUGUCCCUGAUCUCUCUGCUGGUGUGAACUGCUCUUUUGAAGAUUUUACAGAGUCAGAGAGUCGCAUUGAAAAUGGCAGGAUCUUCUGCAGCUCUCCUUCUACAAAGGAUGUCAUCCCUAUCACCAGGGGUCAAGGUGAUAAGCGAGUUGUGAAGCUCUACCUCAAAUCCAAGGAGACUGGGAAGAAGUUUGCAGCUGUGGAUUUUGUCUUUUACAACUGUAGUGUUCACCAAUCCUGCCUGUCUUGUGUGAAUGGGUCGUUCCCUUGCCACUGGUGUAAAUAUCGCCACAUAUGUACCCACAAUGCUGCUGACUGCUCUUUUCUGGAAGGACGUGUCAAGAUGUCUGAGGAUUGCCCACAGAUCCUUCCCUCUACCCAGAUAUAUAUCCCUGUGGGUGUAGUGAAACCCAUCACCCUGACAGCUAAAAAUUUACCACAGCCACAGUCAGGACAGCGCAAUUAUGAGUGCAUCUUCCACAUCCCUGGCAGUCCCACCCGUGUCACUGCUCUGCGCUUUAACAGCACCAGCAUCCAGUGCCAGAACACCUCGUAUUUCUAUGAAGGGAAUGACAUCAGUGACCUCCCGGUGAACCUUUCUGUGGUAUGGAAUGGAAACUUCAUCAUUGAUAAUCCACAGAACAUUCAGGCUCACCUGUACAAAUGCUCGGCUCUGCGUGAAAGCUGUGGGCUGUGCCUCAAGGCAGAUCCACGAUUUGAGUGUGGCUGGUGCGUUUCAGAAAAGCGAUGUUCCCUACGCCAACAUUGCCCUUCCCAUGAGAGCAGCUGGAUGCACACCAGCAGUGGCAACAGCCGCUGUGCCGACCCCAAAAUAAUCAAGCUGUUUCCUGAAACAGGCCCCCGGCAGGGGGGUACUCGUUUAACCAUCAUUGGGGAGAACCUGGGCCUGAAGUUUGAAGAUGUGCGCCUGGGAGUGCGCGUUGGGAAAGUGAUGUGCAUUCCCAUUGAGAGCGAAUACAUCAGUGCUGAGCAGAUUGUCUGUGAGAUUGGAGAUGCCAGCCCUAGCAAAAUUCAAGAUGCACCUGUGGAAGUCUGUGUAAGGGACUGUUCACCCAGCUACAAGGCCAUAGCCCCUAAAAGCUUCACCUUUGUGAAUCCCACAUUCUCACAAGUGGCACCAUCGCAGGGGCCUCUCUCUGGGGGCACCUGGAUUAGCAUAAAGGGAAAGCAUCUCAAUGCAGGAAGUGACAUCACAGUGAACGUCGGAGAUCAAACGUGUGCAUUUUCAUGGAGAAAUGCUGGCGAGAUCCGGUGUAAGACGCCACAUGGCAAGGUCCCAGGAGAAGCAUCCAUCUCCAUCCAUAUAAACCGAGCUCUACUUAGGAGUCCUGAAGUGGCAUACUACUACACUGAAGACCCUACCAUUCAGAAGAUAGAUCCUGAGUGGAGCAUCAACAGUGGUGGGACACUGCUGACGGUAACAGGCACCAACCUGGCCACAAUCAAGGAACCCAGGAUCCGAGCCAAGUAUGGCAGCGCUGAGAGGGAAAAUAACUGCACUGUCUACAAUGAUACCACCAUGGUGUGCUACGCUCCCUCUAUUGACAACCCAGUCCGGAGCCCCUCCGAGCUUGGUGACCGCCCAGAUGAGAUUGGUUUUGUCAUGGAUAAUGUCCAGGCCUUGCUGAUCAUCAACAAAACUAACUUUGUGUAUUACCCAGACCCUGUGUUUGAGUCUCUCCCUUCUGGCAUGUUAGAACUCAAGCCAAGCUCCCCACUCAUCCUUAAGGGUCGUAACCUGCUUCCUCCAGCAACUGGAAAUUCCCGUCUAAACUACACUGUGCUUAUUGGUGACACUCCCUGUGCCCUCACGGUUUCUGAGACCCAGCUCCUCUGCGAGUCACCAAACCUCACAGGACAGCACAAAGUGACGAUCAAGGCUGGAGGCUUUGAGUUCUCUCCGGGAACCCUGCAGAUCUACUCAGACAACUUGUUGACCCUCCCGGCCAUCAUUGGCAUUGGUGGCGGCGGGGGCCUUCUCUUGCUCAUCAUCAUCAUUGUCCUCAUUGCGUACAAGCGGAAGUCCCGAGAUGCUGAUCGCACCCUCAAACGUUUGCAGCUGCAGAUGGACAACCUGGAGUCCCGUGUGGCCUUGGAGUGCAAGGAAGCCUUUGCGGAGCUGCAGACUGAUAUUCAUGAGCUGACCAAUGACUUGGAUGGGGCGGGCAUCCCCUUCUUGGAUUAUCGCACCUAUGCCAUGAGGGUCCUCUUCCCAGGAAUAGAAGACCAUCCUGUUCUGAAGGAAAUGGAGGUCCAGGCCAAUGUAGAGAAAUCCUUGACCCUGUUUGGCCAGCUCUUGAACAAAAAACACUUCCUGCUGACCUUCAUUCGUACCCUUGAGGCCCAACGCAGCUUUUCCAUGAGGGACCGGGGCAACGUGGCCUCCUUAAUCAUGACAGCGCUACAGGGUGAGAUGGAGUAUGCCACCGGGGUGCUCAAGCAGCUUCUCUCUGACCUGAUUGAGAAGAACUUGGAAAGCAAGAACCAUCCAAAAUUACUCUUGAGGCGGACAGAGUCAGUGGCUGAGAAGAUGCUGACAAACUGGUUCACGUUCCUGCUGUACAAGUUCUUAAAGGAGUGUGCAGGUGAACCUCUGUUUAUGCUUUACUGUGCCAUCAAACAGCAGAUGGAGAAGGGGCCCAUUGACGCUAUCACAGGAGAAGCCCGCUAUUCCCUAAGUGAAGACAAACUCAUCCGUCAACAAAUUGACUACAAAAUGCUGGUUAACUGUGUGAACCCUGAGAGUAGAAAAUGCCCCAGGAUCCCAGUCAAAGUCCUGAACUGCGAUACCAUCACACAAGUGAAAGAGAAACUUCUGGAUGCUGUGUGCAAGGGGAGUCCCCCUGCACGCAUGAGACCCAAAGCAGGAGACAUGGAUCUGGAGUGGCAGGAGGACAGGAUAGCUCGGAUAAUACUACAGGAUGAAGAUGUAACCACCAAGAUGGAAACUAUUGACUGGAAAAGGCUCAACACCCUUGCCCAUUACCAGGUGACAGAUGGCUCCUGUGUAGCAUUGGUGCCCAAGCAGAAUUCGGCCUACAAUAUUUCCAACUCCUCCCGCCUUUUAAAGUCACUGCAAAGGAGGGAGAGUAUGCUCCGGACAGCCAGCAGCCCAGAUAGUCUCCGUUCCCGGACUCCCAUGAUCACCCCUGACCUGGAGAGCGGCACCAAGUUGUGGCAUCUGGUGAAAAAUCAUGAUCACAUGGAUCAAGCUUGAGAAGGUGAUGCGAGGGCAGCUCAAGAUGAAGUCUCAGAAAUCUACUUGACCCGACUGCUAGCCACCAAGGGGACCUUGCAGAAGUUUGUGGAUGACCUGUUUGAGACUAUCUUCAGCACCGCCCACCGAGGGAGUGCCUUGCCCCUGGCCAUCAAGUACAUGUUUGACUUCCUAGAUGAACAAGCUGAUAAGCACCAGAUCAAUGACCACGAUGUCAGGCAUACCUGGAAGAGUAAUUGUCUACCUCUGCGUUUUUGGGUGAAUGUGAUUAAGAAUUCCCAGUUUUGUUUGACAUUCCACAAGAGAACAAGUAUUACUGAUGCUUGCCUAUCAGUGGUGGCUCAGACAUUCAUGGACUCCUGCUCAACCUCUCUGAGCACAAACUGGGGAGAAGAUUCUCCCUCCAACAAGCUACUAUAUGCCAAAGACAUCCCCAAUUACAAAAACUGGAUUGAAAGAUAUUAUGCAGAUAUUGCUAAAAUGCACAGAGCAAUCAGCGAUCAAGACAUGAGCGCCUACCUAGCAGAACAGUCACGGUUACACCUGAGCCAGUUCAACAGCAUGAGUGCACUGCACGAGAUCUACUCUUACAUCACCAAGUACAAGGAUGAGAUUUUAUCUGCUUUAGAGAAGGAUGAACAGGCCCGAAGGCAGCGGCUCUUGAAUAAGUUGGAGCAGGCAAUUGACACAAUGGCCCUGAGUAGCUGAAAAGGCUGAAACGGUGCUGCAGACUUCCCUAGCACUGGAUACCAAGAUAGGGAGACGGAAGGCAUGGAGGUGCCCGGCAAGCAAGAAAGCAAGAAAAUCUUGGGGCCCAGCACCAAGCAAUGCACAGAGUCCGCUGCGUCUUGGAAGACUUUUACACAAACAGACUGUAAAAACUUAACCACCAUUAUCACAAACAAAAAUUGAACCUAUGUAGAGACUUUUUGAAAGGAGUGAUGUAGCGACGAAUCUGAAGGACCCUACGAGAUGCGCAAGGAAGGCCAGGGAAAAGAGCUCCAGCUCGGCUGCCAUUGCUCCCCAAGGCCUGUCCCAGAUCUGGCAGUGGAAGGUUGGGGACUGCACUAAAUGUCUACUAAGACGUUUUUACAUUAUGGUUUUCUGUGGAGGGUGGGUGGGGUAGGCUUACAAUUUUUUUCUCCUGUACUUGCUUCCCUGUCCCAUCUUGCCUGGAGAAAUCUUCUCUGUAUCUUCUCUUCCCUUCCCUUCUCUCUCUCUCUCUUUCUCUCUCUGGCCUUCUGCCUUUAGUGUUAACUGCUAUAUUUGCACAAUUUCCAAAAGCUAGAAAAAACAUUUUUUUAGUUUAAAAAAUGAUUUAAAAAUGUGGGGAGAGGGGCUUCUAAAUUUUCCACAACAAAGACGUUUGCCAGUUUUGUGGGCCUUUUUUUAACAUAAAUAAUAAAAGACCAUUGUUUGAUUGGGAUGAUAUUGGUGUAGGUGGGACCAACAGAAGAGUCCCCAGUAUCUUUGGUUCUUCCUAAGAUUUGCCCUGUGCCAUGUUUCAUUUGAAUGUUCUUUAGCACAGGCCAAAUACGCGCUCUCAUUUUUGAAUGCUGCUGAAGAGGCUGCUAAAGGUUUAGAUACAAGAAAGCAACAGGGUUAAAAAGAGUGAGGUGGCCACAUAUGGCAAGCCCCGGAGCCCAAGGGGAAGAGCCUCACUCGUCUGUUCACGGUUGCAACCCCAAUAAAUUACAUUGUGAAAAGGACAAACUUUCAGAACAGAAUGAGUUGUUCCUAUGAAUUUAAAAAGCUGAGCUGAGCAAUUUUGCAGAAGCUCGCUGGGUUCCUCCUCCCACUCGCACCCUUCCACUUACAGCUUAGCUUUUCUUCCAGAGGGAAUUUUCACCCUGGGGGACUUUCACACAAGGGAUUCCUACUCAAAGCAACAGCUGAGGCACAGAAAGCUGGACAGCCUAUUUGAGCCAGGUCUCGGUAUUGCCUCUUCUGUUGUGAAAGAAUGGUUCUUGAUAGCAGAUGCAGCAGCACAAGGUGGAGUCUGGGUCUCGCAGGAGGCCAGAAGAGUAGCUACUUCUACUGGCUCCCUAAGGUAGCCUUUGGUAGCAUUUGGGCCUAACCAGAAGGGCAUGUCUGAGAAAUCUUGGUCAGUCUCACUCCUAAGAGAUGAGAACUGAAUUUGUAAUUCGGCCUGGAGUUUAAGUUUGACACUGACAGAAUCACCAUGUGAGUUGCCCUAGUAGUUGUUUUUGCAGCUGGCAGUCCAUGUUCACCCAUCUUUUGAACAUAUUUACUUCUCACAUCAUCUUAAGUCCAUCCAAACACAGCUCGUUUCCAUUUCUUUUCUGAUAGCAAUAAAGACCCGAAUUCCAAAGUUGCUUGCAAUUUCACUGUACAGGGUCUCUUCUUGUAAGGCAAUCAGAGGCAAAUUUGACAAUUUUUUUCUUCCAAAUGUCUUUCAGUACCAUUCUUUUAAAAAAAUAAUCACAAGAAGCAAGAUCUAAGGCAAGAGGAAUUGUUAGGCGACAGAAACUCUGCCUGUAUCUCAUCUGCAGUAAACUGCACCAAUUAGAAAUUGUUUUGACAGCAGCUACAUCAAUGGAUUUGUUUGGGGUUAGGCAAAACAAAAAAAAUCAGAGGUGGUUGGAAGCAAGGAGAUACUGUGAUUCUGUCACUUUAAGGUAACAACUGAACUGGGUAUCUGCCUUUUUUUGUUCUGAUUGUUGGGGAGCAGCCAUGAUGUCCCGUCUCCCCCAACACCACCAUUGUAGGAACCUUUACAUUUUUCUGUGAUGCCAUGCACACACACACAAAAAGUCUAGAGCAGUGGUCCCCAACAUGGUUUUCCUGGUGUCCACCAAGUGAUAUUUGAGUGGGUGGGCCUGGUGGGACCCUUUCCCAGCAGAGCUUCUGAUUGGCCAUUGGAGAUCCAUUGACUGUGGAGAUUAAAACAGUGGUUUAGUGGCAGCUGCCACUACAGUGUUGAUUUUAUUCUAUCACCUCUCUUUCCAACAUAUUUUUAAAACUGCUCCUCUUGUGCUUCCUCUGCAGCAGCCACCAACCUGUUCCAGAAUCCCAAAGGUGUUCCCAGGCUCAGAAAGGUUGGGGACUCCUGCUCUAGAGCUUAUUUUGGCUCAGAAGUUUUCUUGGGUCUCAACAAGUCUAAACAGCAGGAAAAUUUUAGUCUCAUUUAGAGGGAAAGCAACAGCCUGUGUCAUCUUUUUUUGUGGUAGCCCUGAUAAAUUGCAUUGUGGAAGAGACAAAAUUCCUAGAAUAGGAUGAGCUGCUUGUAAGAGUUAAAAAGCUGAGCUGUGCAAUUUUUCCGAAAUUUUAUGUAGCAUUGUCCCUGGAACUAGUGAAGAACCAUUGAAGAGCAAAUUCCUGCAAAUCCAAGUAUCAUUUUCUGUUCUCUAUUUCUUGGUCCAGCUGAUAGGUCAUGUCUUUUUCCUACAACACUGUUGAUUUUUGGUGUGGCAUUUUUCCUGGUUCGCAAACUCUAACACAACACUGCAAGGGGAUGACGCUGUCUGUGAUGUCAUAGAGCAGAAGGGACUGCAGAAGCUGAGGUUGGGUUGUUCAUUACCUACUCAUUACCCAGAUUCCAAUCAAGGUGCCUCCCAUUAGAAUAAAGGCAAGGGUUUCUUUAUUGCUGCCUUUGUGUUUCUAAGGCAUCUUGUACUGUGGGGAAGAUGUUAUAUGUAUCUUCAUUUUGUGUCUAUACACAUUUGAUUUAAAAGGUAUCCUUUAUCUGAAAAUACUCCCUACUAUCUUGAAUUUAGUACAAAUGUCAUGGCAUUUCUGUCUUUAAAAUGUGAAUUCAUUGGGAAAGGAGCUCUGUGCAUACCAGUUACCAUGACUUCUCAGAUAUAGGAAUGUAACCCAUAUGAGUGGGGAAAAGGUACUCCACACUGUUUGUUUAGCACUGCAAGAGAAGUCAUCGAUGUUCCCAUGUUAUCAGUGUAGAAUUGGGGCUAAGAGACUAACCUUUACAUUGGCUGAGCUAGGAAUUCAGUAUAAACAUGUGCUUGACUUCCUACAUGCCGGCUCUCCCUAGUUCGAUCAGCUGGAUAUCCCAAUGUUCUGAAUGAGCCAUUUUCUGAAGAUCUGAACAUGCCCUUUAAUCUGGCCUUCUCAACCCUAUGCUGACGUACUUAUCAAUUACAAAAAGUACAGAUACAUCCAACAUUCAGCUGACUCCAUUAGAUCUGAGGGAUGAAAGUGAUGGGAAGUUAAGUGAUGUUUUAGAUAUUCUUCCAAAAAUCUUGUCUCCCUUAUUCCGCCCCACCCCCACCCCCUUUAUUGUUCUUUUGCAUUGUCUCUUCACCAUCCCAUUCAAUGUACUGGACUUCACACAACCCUCAGUUCAGUUCCUGAUGGAGGCAUUGCCUCUUUAAUCAUUUUACAUUUACCAAUGUGAAGGAGCCACUGCCCAAAUUCAACUCAGGUGACCACACCCACCAAAUGACCAGCCUUUCCCAUCCCCAGCCCACUACCCAAAACCCACAAACUCAGUCUCUUUCUCAAGCCAGAUAAUGCAAGAGAGAGGCAGCUGCAGAACGUACUGAGCCUGAGUCUUUUCAUUCCCUUAGAGUUCAAGCGAGGGGAGGAGAGGGAUGUAAUGAAGUUUUUAAUUAAAAUUUAAGACGUGUGUGUGUGUAUAUAUAUAUAUAUGUUGUUACAAUCUAAUUCUUGUGCCCCAGUGGGGCACUUUAUAGUUAACGGAAGGAGAUCAAACCAAUAUCAAAUAUGAUUUUUUUUUUACACAAGCAGUGGAAAAUACCAAAUGGAAGAAAUUUUCAAACAUUUCUCACCAAGCAGAACAAUCUUUUGAUGCCUGCACAUCUCAGAUUGCUUUGUAAUUUUGUUUCUAGUCUUUAAAAAAUUAUUCAAGAGAAGGUGGAAGGAGCAGACGAUUGAAAAAAAUAAUAAAAACGCCUGUGGACUUCUCGGUUGUCUCUGGAUCCAUAGGACCUGUGGGCUGUUGCAUGACUGUGCUAGAGUUUAGUCUGAGUUGAUCUUUUUUUAAAAGGAAAAAAAUGCAAGUGUUGAAUACUAGAGGUUUGUUUAGACCUUUUAUUUUUUAAACCAAUUGGAAUUAAUUUGUCACUUCUUGUACAAGGAAAAAAUAGAAUUAACAUCAACUGUUUAUUUCUGGAAAAUGGUACUCAAAGGUCUUAAAGGACAGCUAACUGUUGCUGCACCCAAAAGACAUGGUCAUAUUUUACAUGUUCUUCUCUCUGAACAUUCCUUGUACUAUAUUUGGGAGGGAAAUUAUCCAUCAGAUUUUUAAAAAAAUCUAGAAUUGACACUAUCUGGGAGGUAAAGGCCACACUAUUUUAUAUGGAAAGCAAAGGCACAAUCCUGACCAGUCCAUUCAUCGGUUUUGAUUUAGUAGUGAGCACCAAUUUGGCUGGAGAAGUCCAGAUUUCCUUCUCAAGAGCUGCCGACCCAAUUAACUUACACACCUAUCUCAUCCUGGUAUAUCAGCAAUAACAGUGAAUAUCUUGAGCAACCUCACUAAGAGAAAUAGCUUCACAAGUGGCUUGCCUAAAAUGAGCAGCUUUCCCCUAGAUCAUCUUUUUAUCACAAAACAUCAUGAAGUGUAACAGCAUUGGAUUAAUUUGAAGGACCUGUAGAAUGAAAGGUGGAUUGCUUCUGUCUCUUGAACUGCUACUAGAAUUUACUCAUUUUUGAAAGCUCUGUGCCACUGACUCCUACUGUGUUGCCCUAACAAUUGGCCUUCAGUGAAUUAUCACUUCCAUCAGUUUCAUUUUUCAUGGGAAAAAGUUCCUGAGCUAAGUGGCUAAACUAACAUUUCCUAUUGAGAGGAAGGUUGGUAUGGCGUUCUUUCCUAGUACCUUCCAGCUUCUCUGCCCAGUGGACAAACGAGUUCAGCUGGAACAUGGUCAGACAAUAUGCACUUACAUCCGAAGAUUUUACAUUAACUAGGGUUUAACUGUUAUGGCUUUUCAGUUCAGAUUUGCCUUGCACAGAAAAUCAAUGACCAUUCAAGGGCAUGAAGGCAAGCAUGACAGUAGUGGUUAGUAUUUAAAUUAGUCAGGCUGGCAAGGACAUUUAUGCUUGCGAAACUGCGUACCCCAAGUGCAGAAAACCAAAGAAUCCUAUAUAUGAUAUUAUUCAGAACAUGUCAUCAUAGCAGGUUUCCCACUUUUUAUGUGUUGCUUGAGGGAACACAUUCCUCUUUUGAAUAUUCUGGCUCUAAAUGGCAAUACAGACAAGUCCACAUUUCCACCUGAUUUUUUACUCAGGUGCCUAGGGUGCCAUUGAGAUCAACAGGGCUACCAGGAAGUGUCAACAUUCUUUAGUAUGUUUACAGCUUUGCUCAUGCGGAACAAGCAGUUUGACUGAAUAAGAACAGGAUUUUUUU